AUGGCCGAGGCCUUCGCCAAACUCGCCGAGUCUCUCUACUCGGAAAACAAGCCCAUCUCCUCCGCUGAUCUCUUGCAGAGGCUGCGCUCCUCCCCCGACUCCAUCAGACCUGGCCUCGAGAACCUUUUUCUGAUUCUUAAACUCGGCGUUGAGGCCGCCGGAGACGGGAAGCUAGGGUUCCAAUCAUGGGCCGAUUCUCAAAUUCAAGCAGUUUAUUCGAUUGCCUAUGCCAUCGCUUCCGCCUCUCGGUCUCUAUUGGUGGGGCAAGCGGAAGCAAUAAUUGUUGCCAUUGUGCAACUGUCGUUGGAAUUUGCUGUAUGUUAUUUGGAGAGAUCAGAAUUUAACAGCGAAGAUAUGAGCAUUCAGAGUAUUAUGGUGCAGCUUUUGGAGAUAGCGUUGGUUGAUGAAAUGGAUAAAGCACCUGACACACUGCAACCUUGCUCUGUUGAUAGUCUGGUGGACUUGUUACCAUCUGUUACCAGUAGUUCUUGUGGUAAUGAGUUUGAUAACCACAUUAAAUGUGGCCCUCAAGGUGCCAAUUGCGCAAGGUCAGAGAAACCGGUGGAUCGUCUGUUUAUGUCUUUAGCUUCUGAGUGCAUACAAUCUGAUAGGCAGACCAGUGGGUUUGGUGGGCCUACUGUCCACCAGGAUUUGAACAAAUUGGUUUUUCUAUCGCAACAUUGGGCAGUUUCUCACGUGGGGUGUAUUCAACGUUUGAUCUUGCUCUGUAAGGAACUCAUUGUGCUUCCAGAUAUGUUUGAUGAGAAGAUGGCUGGGACAAACUUCUGUAAGAGGCUGUCUUUCAGUUUGAGGAUUAUAAAGCUACUUGGAAGUCUCACGAAGGACAUCCCAUAUAUUGAAUAUGAUGCCUCAUUGGUGCAAGCAGUUGGUACUUUUGCUGAUGCAGUGCCUGUGUUGUUUAGAUCUGGAUUUGAGUUUGUAAAUAGCAAUGUUGCAGCCGAUGGUAGUUUUGAGAGCCUCACUUUGUUGCUACUGGAAGACUUCCUUGAACUCGUCCGGGUUACUUUCUGCAACAGCAGUGUUUUCUUGAAUGUCCAAGUCUGUGUGGUAGCUUCCAUACUAGAUAAUUUAGACUCUUCUGUAUGGAGAUAUAACAAGUCUGCUGCUAACCUGAAGCCCCCACUAGCUUAUUCUCCACGAAUUGUUGUUUACAUAUUGAUGCUCAUUCACGACCUUAAGAGACAGACUAGUCGGGCUGUCAAUUGGAAGGAGUUAGACACAGAACUUGUUGGCAGUAGCGUCAAUUUUCUUGAUUCCCCUUCAUGCAUUGUUCAUUCUGAGAAAGUUCCUUUACUUCACAGGUUCACAUUUGAACAUCUAGUACAGAUGAUAUUCCCUUCCUCAAAACAAUGGAUGGAUGAUCUAAUGCAUCUUAUCUUGUUCCUUCAUUCAGAGGGAGUGAAACUGAGGCCAAAAGUGGAGAGGUCAUAUUCUAGUUGUGCAAAAACCACUUGCAGCCCUGAAUUAGAAAAUGUGGUUUGCCAUGAAGACGAAGCCCUUUUUGGAGACCUUUUCUCUGAAAGUGGCCGUGGAUCUACAGACGGAUAUGAUCAGCCACCAGUUGUUGCUAACUCUAGCUCUAGCCAGAGUAAUAUGCCAAUGGAAGCUGCUACAGAAAUGUUGAACUUUUUGAAAGUGUGCAUCUUCUCUCCUGAAUGGCAUCCAUCUGUUUUUGAGGAUGGCUGCUCAAAGCUUAGCAAAAGCCAUAUUGAUAUUUUUUUGUCCUUACUCCACAGUCAGGGAUGUGCUGAGGAGAGGAGUGCUGAGGGCUAUUCUCUAUCACAGGAAGAGAGAAAGAUUGGGCAUGCCCAUGAACUUUGUUUUGAUUUGUUUCAGGACCUUGUCACACGCCAUGCUUUAUCUGAUUCACUGGAAGAGUACUUUGUUGAGAAAGUUUUGAAUGUUGAGAAUGAUACUUUUGUUUACAAUAAUCAGACCCUUAACUUGCUAGCUCACACCCUUUUCUGUAGGGUGGGUUUGGCUGGCAGCCGGUUGAGAAACCAAAUUUUCAGGGGGUUUGUGGAUUUUGUGGCUGAGAAGACAAAAGCUAUUUCUUUAAAAUGCCCUAGCUUUAAGGAGCUUCUUGAGGCCCUUCCAUCUCCUUUUCAUAUUGAGAUUCUUCUUGUGGCAUUUCACUUAUCGUCUGAAGAGGAAAAGGCAUCACAUGCAAAGUUAAUAUUUUCUGCUCUCAGAACAAUUGGUGCUCCAGCUUCGGGUUCCAACAGUACACAUUUGUCUUGCUGGGCUUUACUGGUUUCAAGGUUGAUUUUAGUGCUUCGCCAUAUGAUAUUUUACCCACAGACUUGUCCUUCAUCUUUGCUUGUACAUCUACGAUCCAAGUUGAGGGAAGCUCCGUACUCCAGUUCACAGCCUGGGGUGAACGAUCAUUUGUCAUCUUGGGUCUCAAUUGUAUUUAAAAAUGUAAUGACUACAUGGUGUGAAGAAGAGCCUGACAUCAGUCCCUUGAUUCAUCAACUGAUUGAUAUAUCUGCCCUCCCUGCUUCGCUGUCCACAGACAGUCUUAAUAUUGACAGAUUAUGCUUGAGUUGGGAUGACAUCUGUUCAACCAUGUCAUCAAUUCUGGGGUUCUGGAAAGGUAGACAGGCUGCAGUGGUGGAGGAUCUCAUUAUUGAAAGAUACAUUUUCAUACUUUGUUGGGACUUUCCAACUAUUGGCACUGCAACAGACCAUCAGCUUCCUUUAGGGAGUGAUCCACAGACUCUUGACACUUCUGAAAUAGAAAAUUUCUUUUACUUCAGCCAUUCAAUUCUAGGUCAUCAUGGUGUUGGUGUGAAAAAUAAUUUUUCUGAAAUUAUAGUUCACUUGCUUCAGCACUUAGAUGCUGAACUUGUACCUGAAUACAUUGAGGAAUUAGGCUGGGGUUUUUUGAGAAAUGCAAUGUGGUUGUCUUUGGCACUUUCCUUGCUUGAUGUUGGCAUCUGGAGGUAUGGUGUGAAGAAUAGAGUCACAGGAGUGGGUUCAAACUGGAUAGAGAACACGUCUAAGGACAAUGAGUAUAUUGCUGUUGCUGAAGGGAUGAUUUCUUCUUUGAUGGAAGCUGGACAAGUUUCAAUGUUGUUUAAGAUAUUUUCAUCUUUGUUGAAAAGACAUUUACAGGCUUAUCAGAAAGCUUUUGUUGCUACGUUUGGUAGUAGCCAGAAGGAUGCUGAUGGGUUUUCACCACUUUUGCUCUUUAAACAUUCAGGAUUUGACAGAUGCCUUCAGGAUGAGCUUGAAAAGACUGGCACUUAUUCUUUUCGUCUAGAGUCUGUUCUUGACCUGUUGGUAAAGUUUGAUGCUAUCAUUGAUAAAAGAGCUUCAGGAAUUUUGUGCAGGGUCUCCUGGGAAUGUAUGUUACAUGGUUUCCCAUUUAAUCUUCAGACUCAUAGUGGAAUUCUUCUUUCUUGCAUUUUUAACAUAAGGGGGAUAAUUUCCAUUCUUGUUGGUUUGCUUAAAAUAAAAGAUGUGAUAGGAAAUGUCGGCGUGGAGAUUGAGGUACUUCGUCAAAUUCUUGAUACAGUUGUGACAAUCAAGUUUGAUAGGAUCUUUGAAAGCAUUCACGGGAAAUGUGAAACCAUUUAUGAAAGCUUGAGUGCAGGCUUGGGAGGGUCAGACUAUGCCAAUUUAAUUCUAUUAGAGCACUUGGAGGGUUUUCUAAGGGACAUUAAUGCCAGAGGAGUAAGCGACAACAGCAUUUAUGAGUGCAUAAUCACCAAGGCUAUUGAUAUGAUGGAUAGCCUUAGAAAAGACCCUACAAAGGUUGAUAUUUUUAAGUUCUAUCUUGGAGUAGAAGAUGUCCCAGAGCAGGUGAAGGCGCUUUUCGGCGUGCAGCGUGGUGAUUUACUGGUUCUAAUUGACGCUCUGCAUAAUUGUUACUCUGAGACAGUUAACAUAAAGGUUCUUAGCUUUUUUGUUGAUCUGUUAACUGGAGAGCUGUGCCCUGAUCUUAAACACAAGAUCCAAAACAAAUUUCUCAGCAUGGACUUACUUUUGCUUUCCAAGUGGUUGGAGAAGAGGCUCUUAGGUUGUGUUGUGGAAGCUUCGGGUGGAGUUAACAGUGCAAAAGGAAGUUCUCUCUCUCUCAGGGAGUCGACCAUGAACUUUAUUUUAUGCAUUGUAUCACCACCUUCUGAUUUGAAAUCAGCAGAACUGCAGAGUCAUAUUUUUGAAGCUGUGCUGGUCUCCCUUGAUCCUGCUUUUUUGAAAUUUGAUAUUCAUGUUGCCAAAUCAUUUUUCCAUUUUGUUGUUCAGCUAUCAAAGGGUGAUGCUUCAGUGAAAUUACUUUUAAAGAGGACCAUAAUGCUGAUGCAGAAGCUGACCGGCAAUGAUUGCCUGCUACCAGGCCUGAAGUUUCUUUUUGACUUUUUGGGAAGUGUCUUAAGUGAUUGUGGGUCUGGUAAGAAUACCCCAGAAAAGUUGUCGGGAAAAUCUCUGCCUGGAAAUACUAUUGGUAUGGGACCUAUGGCUUCAAGGCCAGUAGGUUCAAGGAAGAACUCCGAGACAUUGGUCCUUUCUACUAAUGAAGAAGGUGGGUCCAUUGCUCUUGAAUGUGAUGCAACUUCUGUAGACGAGGAUGAGGAUGAUGGAACUUCUGAUGGUGAGGUGGCUAGCCUGGAUAAGGAUGACGAAGACGAUACUAACAGUGAAAGGUCCCUUGCUUCUAAAGUUUGCACGUUUACUUCUAGCGGUAGCAAUUUUAUGGAACAACACUGGUACUUCUGUUAUACAUGUGAUCUGACUGUCUCAAAAGGCUGUUGCUCUGUGUGUGCAAAAGUUUGUCAUCGUGGUCAUCGUGUUGUUUAUUCUCGCUCUAGUCGUUUCUUUUGUGAUUGUGGAGCUGGGGGUGUUAGAGGCAGCAAUUGUCAAUGCCUAAAGCCACGCAAGUACACUGGAAGUAGUAGCGCCCCCAUCCGUAGUACUAGUAAUUUCCAGUCCUUUUUACCUUUCACGGAGGAUGGAGAGCAGCUGCCAGAAAGUGAUUCAGAUCUUGACGAGGAUACUAGUACCGAUGUAGAUAACUCUCUCAGACUAUCCAUCCCAAGAGAGCUUCAGGAUGGGAUCACACCAUUGCUUGAAGAACUUGAUGUUGAAGGUCAGGUGCUCGAGCUUUGCUCCUCAUUGUUCCCCUAUAUAACUAGUAGACGAGAGUCCAACUUGUCAAAAGAUAAUAAGAUCAUUCUUGGUAAAGACAAGGUGCUUUCUUUUGGUGUUGACCUCUUGCAAUUGAAGAAGGCAUAUAAAAGCGGCUCCUUAGACCUGAAAAUAAAGGCAGACUAUUCCAAUGCCAAGGAACUUAAAUCACAUUUAGCUAGUGGUUCUCUUGUCAAAUCCUUGCUCAGUGUCAGUAUUCGAGGGCGACUUGCUGUUGGUGAAGGUGAUAAAGUUGCUAUAUUUGAUGUUGGGCAGUUGAUUGGACAGGCCACCAUUGCACCGGUGACAGCAGACAAAACCAAUGUUAAGCCCCUCUCCAAGAAUGUUGUUCGAUUUGAAAUUGUGCAGCUUACUUUCAAUCCAGUGGUGGAGAAUUAUCUUGCAGUAGCAGGCUAUGAAGAUUGCCAGGUCCUUACCUUGAAUCCUCGUGGUGAAGUGACUGAUCGUCUUGCCAUUGAACUGGCACUGCAAGGUGCAUAUAUCAGACGGGUUGAUUGGGUUCCAGGUUCUCAGGUUCAAUUAAUGGUGGUUACCAACAGGUUUGUCAAAAUAUAUGAUCUAUCUCAGGACAACAUCAGUCCCAUACACUACUUCACACUGCCAGAUGAUAUGAUUGUGGAUGCAACACUUCUUUUGGCAACUCUAGGGAGGAUGUUUCUUAUUGUUCUUUCAGAAAAUGGAAGGCUAUUCAGGCUAGAGUUGUCAGUGGACGUUAAUGUUGGGGCUACACCUUUGAAGGAAGUAAUCCAGAUACAGGAUAAAGAGAUAAACGCGAAGGGUUCAUCUUUGUACUUUUCAUCAGCGUACAAAUUACUUUUCCUAUCCUAUCAAGAUGGCACUGCUUUGGUUGGUCGGCUAAGCCCCAAUGCCACAUCUCUAAGUGAGAUGUCUACUAUAUAUGAGGAGGAACAAGAUGGUAAACUGCGGUCUGCUGGACUACAUCGUUGGAAGGAAUUGUUGGCAGGCAGUGGGUUAUUCGUUUGCUUCUCAAGUAUAAAAUUAAACUCUGCCAUUGCUGUAUCGAUGGGAUCACAGGAGUUAUUCGCACAGAACUUGAGACAUGCAGUGGGUUCGACUUCACCUCUUGUUGGAGUAACGGCUUAUAAGCCUUUAUCCAAAGAUAAGAUUCACUGUCUUGUUUUGCACGAUGAUGGUAGCCUUCAGAUAUACUCACAUGUUCCAAUGGGAGUCGAUGCUGGUGCUAGUGUGACAGCAGAGAAAGUCAAAAAAUUGGGUUCUGGCAUUCUCAGUAAUAAGGCUUAUGCUGGUGUUAACCCUGAAUUUCCACUUGAUUUUUUUGAGAAAACAGUAUGCAUAACAGCAGAUGUGAAACUGGGUGGUGAUGCCAUCAGAAAUGGUGAUUCUGAAGGGGCAAAGCAAAGCUUGGCAUCUGAGGAUGGCUUUCUAGAAAGUCCAAGCUCUGCGGGAUUUAAGAUAUCUGUCUUCAAUUCAAACCCUGAUAUCAUCAUGGUUGGGUUUCGCGUGCAUGUUGGUAAUACAUCGGCAAACCAUAUACCUUCAGACGUUACUAUUUUCCACCGGGUCAUUAAAUUAGAUGAAGGCAUGCGAUCUUGGUAUGAUAUACCAUUUACAGUUGCUGAGUCACUCCUUGCUGAUGAAGAAUUUACAAUCUCUGUUGGACCAACCUUCAAUGGAUCUGCUCUGCCUAGAAUUGACUGCCUUGAAGUAUAUGGUAGAGCCAAAGAUGAAUUUGGUUGGAAAGAAAAGAUGGAUGCUGUACUUGAUAUGGAAGCUCGUGAUCUGGGAAAAAAACGCCGAUCAAUGCAGUCUGCUCCUAUACAGGAGCAGGUCAUAGCAGAUGGUCUUAAGCUUCUAUCCAGCAUUUAUUCAUUGAGCAGGUCUCAGGGUUGCUCCAGAGCUGAGGAAGUUAAUCCGGAGCUAAUGAAACUGAGGUGCAAGCAGUUAUUAGAAAAAAUAUUUGAGAGUGACCGAGAGCCUUUGUUGCAGGCUGCUGCUUGCCAUGUCUUGCAGGCUGUGUUCACCAAAAAAGAUACCUACUAUCAUGUUAAGGACACCAUGCGGCUUCUUGGGGUGGUGAAGUCGACCUUUGUACUCUCUUCAAGGCUUGGGGUUGGUGGUACUGCAGGGGCAUGGAUAGUUGAAGAGUUUACAGCCCAGAUGCGGGCAGUAUCUAAGAUUGCAUUGCACCGUCGCUCAAAUCUGGCUACAUUCUUGGAGAAAAAUGGUUCUGAAGUUGUGGAUGGGCUUAUUCAAGUUCUGUGGGGAAUUUUGGACUUAGAGCAGCUUGACACACAAACAAUGAACAACAUUGUCAUAUCUUCUGUAGAACUCAUUUAUUGUUAUGCUGAAUGCCUGGCUUUGCAUGGAAAGGAUACAGGGGUACACUCUGUUGGACCUGCUGUUGUAUUAUUUAAAAAGCUUCUCUUUUCGCCCAAUGAGGCUGUUCAGACCUCAACCAGCUUGGCUAUAUCAUCAAGGUUGCUUCAGGUUCCAUUUCCCAAGCAAACUAUGUUGGCCACAGAUGAUGCUGCAGAAAAUGCAGUAUCUGCCCCUGUGCAUGCUGACACUACUGGCGGAAAUGCCCAAGUAAUGAUUGAAGAAGAUUCCAUCACUUCAUCUGUUCAAUACUGUUGUGAUGGUUGCACCACUGUUCCUAUACUUAGACGGCGAUGGCAUUGUACUGUUUGUCCUGAUUUUGAUCUGUGUGAGGCAUGCUAUGAAGUUUUGGAUGCAGACCGUCUCCCUCCACCUCACUCUAGAGAUCAUCCUAUGACAGCAAUACCCAUUGAAGUGGAAUCACUAGGGGGAGAUGGCAAUGAGUUCCACUUCACACCAGAUGAUGUAAGUGAUUCAAGCAUAUUGCCAGUAACUGCAGAUUCGAGGACCCAGAAUUCUGCUCCAUCAAUUCAUGUCCUCGAGCCCAAUGAGUCUGGGGAGUUUUCUGCUUCAGUGAAUGACCCGGUUUCAAUUUCUGCUUCGAAACGAGCUUUGAAUUCCUUGAUUCUCUCUGAGCUUCUUGAACAAUUAAAGGGAUGGAUGCAGUCAACAUCAGGGGUCCGGGCGAUUCCUAUUAUGCAGCUCUUCUACAGAUUAUCUUCUGCUGUUGGUGGACCGUUUAUAGACAUCUCAAAGCCUGAAAGCUUAGACUUAGAGAAAUUAAUUCGGUGGUUUCUGGAUGAGCUUAAUCUUAACCAACCCUUGGUUGUGAAAGCUCGCUGUUCAUUUGGGGAAGUUGCAAUACUUAUAUUCAUGUUCUUUACCCUGAUGCUACGAAACUGGCACCAGCCUGGCAGUGAUAGUUCCAUGCCAAAACCUAGUGGGACAGCAGAAACGCAUGAUAAAAGCAUCAUCCAGAUCUCGCCGUCCACCUCAUUUACUGCUUCAUCUUCCUUGGAUGAUCAAGAGAAAAAUGACUUUGCAUCCCAGCUGCUUCGAGCUUGCAAUUCCCUUAGGCAGCAGUCUGUUGUCAAUUACUUAAUGGACAUAUUGCAGCAGCUAAUGCAUGUUUUUAAGUCCCCUUCUGUUAAUUAUGAAAAUGCAGGACCUGGUUCUGGCUGUGGAGCCCUGUUAACAGUUCGAAGGGAUGUUGUGGCUGGUAAUUUUUCGCCUUUCUUUUCAGACUCAUAUGCAAAAGCCCACCGUACAGAUAUUUUUAUGGACUACCAUAGGUUGUUGUUGGAGAAUACCUUUCGGCUGGUAUACACUUUGGUCAGACCUGAAAAGCAAGACAAGACUGGAGAGAAAGAGAAGGUGUCAAAGAUCUCUUCUGGCAAGGAUCUGAAGCUAGAUGGAUAUCAAGAUGUCCUGUGCAGUUACAUUAACAAUCCUCACACGACUUUUGUGAGAAGAUAUGCAAGGCGGCUUUUCCUCCAUCUCUGUGGAAGCAAAACUCAUUAUUAUAGUGUGCGAGACUCUUGGCAGUUUUCAAGUGAGAUGAAAAAACUUAUCAAACAUGUAAACAAAUCUGGUGGGUUUCAAAAUCCUUUGUCAUAUGAGAGAAGUGUUAAGAUAGUUAAAUGUCUCUGUACUAUGGCUGAAGUAGCUGUGGCACGACCUCGGAAUUGGCAGAAGUACUGUUUGAGGCAUUCAGAUUUUUUGCCAUUCUUGAUAAACGGAGUGUUCUAUCUCGGAGAAGAGUCAGUUAUUCAGAUUUUGAAGCUGUUGAAUCUUUCCUUCUACGCAGGAAAGGAUAUUGGUAAUUCAUUACAGAAAAAUGAAGCUGCGGAUUCAGGUAUUAAUUCAAACAAAUCAGGGUCACAAUCUCAGGAUCCCAAAAAGAAGAAGAAAGGUGAAGAAGGAACAGAAUCUGGUUCGGACAAGUCCUAUUUGGAUAUGGAGUCGGUGAUUGAUAUCUUCAGUGACAAGGGUGGAGAUGUCUUGAAGCAAUUCAUUGAUUGCUUUUUGCUGGAAUGGAAUUCUAGCUCUGUGCGUGCGGAGGCCAAGUGUGUUCUUUUUGGUGUUUGGCAUCAUGCUAAGCAACCAUUCAAGGAAACUAUGAUGAUGGCUCUCUUGCAAAAAAUAAAAUGUCUACCAAUGUAUGGUCAAAAUAUUGUUGAGUAUACUGAACUUGUCACCUGGUUGCUGGGUAAAGUUCCAGAUAUCAGCUCAAAGCAACAGAGCAGUGAACUUGUGGAUCGAUGCUUAACCCCUGAUGUAAUCAGAUGCAUCUUUGAAACACUUCAUUCACAAAAUGAGCUUUUAGCUAAUCAUCCAAAUUCCCGCAUAUACAACACUUUAAGUGGAUUAGUUGAAUUUGAUGGGUACUAUCUUGAGAGUGAGCCUUGUGUUGCCUGCAGCUCUCCUGAGGUACCAUACAGCAAGAUGAAGCUAGAAAGUCUGAAAUCUGAAACAAAAUUCACUGACAACCGCAUCAUAGUGAAAUGCACUGGGAGUUACACCAUCCAGACUGUGACCAUGAAUGUUCAUGAUGCACGGAAGUCUAAAUCAGUGAAAGUUUUGAAUCUGUAUUAUAAUAAUCGACCUGUGGCUGACUUGUCAGAAUUGAAGAUAAUUGGUCUCUGUGGAAACGGGCCAAGAGCUGUCAUCUUGCUUUCAAUCAGACUGAACUUAAAGUGGAGUUUCCCAUUCCAAUAA